CGCAAGUCCACCAAGUUCCACCGGCCAAAGACGCUGGUGCUGCAGCGUGAGCCCAAGUACUCUCGCCGCUCGGUGCCGCGGGUCAACAAGCUGGACCAGUACCAGAUCCUGAAAUACCCGCUGACGACCGAGUCGGCGAUGAAGAAGAUCGAGGACAACAACACCCUCGUCUUCAUCGUGGACACCCGCGCGAGCAAGAGC